AUGGCCAGCGAAUGUUCUGUUGGAGCGGGUGCUAAAGGGAAAUCCGAAGUCAAGGGUGGCCAGUCUGACCAUGGGAGCCCAUACUUCAGUGAGUCCUACAAGGGCAAGUCUGUGAGUAAGGGUACUGGCAAGUCUAGCUUUAAGGGCAAGGCUGACUACAAGGGCUAUGUUGGUGCUGGUACCUCCCACAGUAGCUACCAUGCCACCGGUGGCAAGGCGACUUUCGAAGGUGACUUCAAGGGUUCCCACACCGAGACUGUCGAGUACAAGGGUCUUGGCAGCACCGGGGGCAAGCACAAGGGCAAGGGAAUCGACGAGAAGGGCAAGAGCAAGACCAAGGACACCGUUGAUGGUGAUGGUAGUUCUAGUACCCCAAGGGAAAGUGACCUUACUUCCGAGGGUGGAAAGACUUUUGGGGGCAAAGGCAAAACUUCUUCUUUCAAGGGCACCGAGAAGGGCAAGUGCAAGACCAAGGGCAUCGUUGAUGGUAGCUCCAGUACCCCCAAUGAAAUUGAACCACCGAAUGACGACCUUACUUCCAACAAGGGUGGAAAGACUUUGGGGGGCAAGGGCAAGACCUACAAGGGCACCGAAAAGGGAAAGUGCAAGACCAAGGGCAUCGUUGAUGGUGAUGGUAGCUCCAGUACCCCCAGGGAAACUGACCCACGGAAUGACAACCUUACUUCCAACGAGGGUGGAAAGACUUGGGGGGGCAAGACCUACUCUGUCAAGGGCACUGAGAAGGGCAAGAGCAAGACCAAGGGCAUCGUUGAUGGUAGCCCUAGGUGGAAAAACUUGGGGGGCAAGACGUACUCUGUCAAGGGCACCGAGAAGGGCAAGAGCAAGACCAAGACCAAGGGCAUCGUUGAGGGUGAAGGUAGCUCCAGUACCCCCAGGGAAAUUGAACCACAGAAUGACAACCUUACUUCCAACGAUGGUGGAACGACAUUGGGGGACAAGGGCAAAACUUACUCUUUGAAGGGCGCCGAGAAGGGCAAGUGCAAGACCAAUAGCUACAGUACCCCCAGCAACAUGGAGUCCCCGAAUGGCACCAAAGGUUUUGGCAAGGGCAAUGGCAAUGUCAAAGGCUACAAAGGGAAAUCCAAGUGUGACCCGACCGGGAAAUCCGCCACUAAGGGUGACGGCUUCGAGGGCAAAGAGGAGAAGGGUAUGGGCAAGACCAAGGGCAACAGCUUGGGCAAAUCUGGGCAUCCUGGUGAGAAACCAACCGACCUUCGUGAUGAUCGGGCAUCAUCGUGGGCUGAUCCCCCGCCAACACUGGCCAGUGGCUAUGGAGUCUUGGGUGAAACGGACUUGGGCAAACGGCCCACUGCUAUUUUGGAUGAACACGAAACCAAGGUGAAAAAGUGGGUUCAAAAGGCAAACCCCUAUGAGUUGAAGGCUGCAGUUGCCACUGCCGUAGAACAUACGUUGUUUGGAAAGUUUCGAGCAGAAUUGUGGGACAUGACAGAGGAACGAAAGUUUGGGACAUCCCCCGAAGAAGACAUACUCAAAUAUGAUCUAUGGUUGAAGAAGAUGGAGAUCAGCGAGACGAAACCACAUGCUGUUUUUCCAGAGCCACCCGAAAAGGAAGAUGGUUCAACCGAGCAGGGCACCGAGGCUUACAAGGCAUACUGGAAAAAAUUUGAAAGGAAAGGGGGAGCCUCCAACCUUUCAGUUGACAGCACCACACCGUCCCGAUCAGGGGAUAGUGUACCCAGCAGCAGCCCGGCAGAGCCAACCCCCUCCCAGUCAGCUUCGCCCACUGGCAUCACUCCAGAUGCUAAAAGGCCGAUCAUCCGCCGAAGCACCAGUGUCAUGAGUGAUGGGUCGGGAAGCGUGGCUAUGUCCCCACUCGUGGAGGGAGCUGGGAAGACAAAGCGGGUCAAACUGCUCAGCGAGGAGGAUGCUGCGCGCAUUCAGGCGAUGACUUCGGCUGAUGAUCUUCCACCAGAAGAACGAAAGAGGCAGCGGGAGGCAUUGAGAAGGAGGUUGGCGGGACCGGGGUUACGACCUGGUUUGAUUCAGAAAUAUGCUGCGGCUACAAGUUCCCAUGCCAAAUGGGAGUUCCUCAAGGCAUUCAUGUUAGACCCCCAGAACCUGGCCGAGAUUACGAUCGAGGCUGAGUAUGUCAGCUUAGCAGAGCGGGAGGAUAGUGCGGCCUGGGAAGAGGUACCGUUGGAAACCCUGAGGAAACAGUAUACUACCCCUGCUGAAAUUCACUUCCUCGAGAACCAGAUCGUUGCAAAGCAAAGGGGAAAACCCCACCCCCAGGCCCCGGAGGAUGAAAAUAUGAGACUCUACUGGGUCUUCAAACAGAAUGCAGACGUGACCAGGAACAAGAACAGCAUUGGCACUCGAGCCCAUGCAAAAGGUACUGUUCCCCAGAACAAGGCUGCACUUGGUGCAGUGACUGACGCUCUCACAGGCUUCUCUGCAGACUUUGCGGGGAAGGGUUCAGGUGCACACGAAGAGGAUCAAGGUGGGAAAGGAGGAAAGAAUCGCAGAAAAGGUGAGCCCACAGAAAAGAAGCGAAAGGUGAGGACCCCUGAAGAGAUCCGGAAGAAAGAUUUCAACGACAAGCUGCAAGGGUCAUACCCUCAAUCCCAAAAAAAAAGUGAUUCCCUCGAUGCUAUUUUUUACCUGGUUUUCAUUGGUCCCGGAAAAUGGGGUUGGAUAUGA